GGCUUGCAGCCUUGGAUAGAAACGAGUCAUCGCGUCUCCGUGUACCCCGCUUGCUCGGUUUCUUAUUCGUCGCAUAUAGUAAUGCUAGUCGAUGUCAGCUGUGCGGUCUCCUCAUCAGCGGAAGCUAAUCAAUUGCUAAGAAAGUGAAGUGCUCCGUAGUUGAAAGGGCAGGGGAAUCAAACUCUUGACAGUUGGUACGGCAAAACAUCCAUCGAAUUUUCCCGGUCGUCUCUAGCACGAGGCAUAGAAUUCAGGCAGGCAUCAGGAUGCAGAUCCGCGUGGUGUUGAUAAGCGUGGCGGCGGCCGCGCUGGUGCUCGGGGCGGCCGUCCUCGGGUUCAUCGCCGAGCGCGCCAGGUCCAAGUCUUUCGUAGGAUACGACGGGAGGUACUGCGUGUACCGGACCACGGCGGCGCUCGGCUGCGGGAUCGGGGCCGCGGUGCUCCUGCUCGCCGGCCUGUCCGUGCUCAGCGCCGCCAGCGGCUGCUUCGGGCGCCGGACCCGGACGCGCUCCAUCAGCGGCCGCACGCGCUCCAUCGUUGCCAGGACGUCCGCCAUCUACUUGACGGUGACGUUGGCGGCGACGGCGCUGUUCCUGUUCGGCGCGUGGCGGAACGCGGGCGGGGAGAGGGCGCCCACGAGGGGGCGCUUCCAGUCGGUGUACGGCUGCAGCGUCUUCAAGGGCGGGCUCUUCUUGUCGGCGUCGGUCGCGUCCCUCGUGGCUCUCCUCUUCGGGAUCGCCGCCUACGUCUACCAGGAGACCGCGGAGCCGGAGGAUCAGCCGCCGCAGGCCGUCGCGAUGGGGCAACCACAACAGCCGUAUUUCCAGCCGCAGCAGCAGGCUUAUUACCAAUACCCAGCCAUGGGCUACCCUAUUGCUGCCCCUCCUCCCCCUCCCCCGUACGGCGGCUAUGGAGCCAAGGCGCCUGCAGGCACAUCCUGACGUUUUUGCCCCCAAUAUGGUUCCAUUUCCCGUUUCAUGUGCGUGUUUCGUAGAAUCACUACUGCAAUCAAUCAUAGUUCUUUGUCGGAAAAAACCAAUCGUAGUUGUGGUCUGGCAACAAGUUCGCGUCGUUCCUUUGGAUUGGCUCCUUGUGUUGAUCUCUGUACCUGCACUGUGAAUUUGGGAUUUCAUCGCUCAUUGUUGGUUAAUAGACAUGGAACAAAAUCCUGAGGGUGCAAGCCUCCAGAAGCGUGCUUAUGUGUUUUUUUAGAGUGACUUCCAUUUUUUAGUC